GCCAAUUUCUGAUUUACAGCUAGAGUCGCUCUUUUGGAUAUUUGGUGUGUGUUAAGUGGAAUCCCGUAUUUGGUAUUGGUCAGAUAUCUGUCUUUUUGAUGAUUUCGUACGGUUCUUGUUGAUUGCGCUUGUAAAUAAUUGACGUUUUUGGCAAAACUGCAAGAAACGCGUUCAAGAUGCCUCGGGAAACGGCUUCACGGUCACACAGACUGCGUGAUCAUGAAGAUGUCUACUACGACGAGGAGAGCUUCUCGCGGAAAAGAGAACAUCUGCUGAACAGGAACGCAAGCCACCACGGUCACACUAUUGAUUCCCGUGACAGAAGAAGAAAGAACUACGCGACCGAGGGAGAAUUCUUGCAGGACGAACAUGGAGACACCUAUAACUACAGCACCAAGGAAAACUCCAGAGGCGGGCACCAUCAAAGCCGAAGCGGGGGCAAUAGGACAACAGCAAGAACGCGGCAAGACAGGGUUCAGGGCGAGUGCGACGCCAGUCUGCAGCGGAUGUGUCAGUAUCUGGAGCAAUCCGACGAGAUGAAAAACGCGAUUUUGCAUCGCAUGGCAACCAGCUCCGAGAAAAUGGAGCGGAUCGCCCGCAACAACGAAUACAUCAACGCCGAUAUCGACCGGGGAGACGCGUUGUUGGACCAAAUGUCCGGCAACAAGUGCAGCCAGGCGCUGGGCGACCUUGCGGACCGGCUGGAUCCGAAGAGCGCCAUGUGGAAGAGCAUGGUUCCAGGUGGUGCCGGUUCCAGCGGGUUUCUCCCUCCAUCUGUCAGCGGCUUGUUCGGAGACGGUGCGGCAAAGAAUUGUUCCGAUCGCAAUCUCCCCUCGACGGGGUCAACUACACCGGAGAGGCCAGGUGGCGUUUCUGCAUCGAGCAGCAACAGCAGCGGGAAAAAAUCCAGAAAGGGCUUGGGGACGAUCGAGGAACAAGCGGCUCAUAGAGCAGGCGGUGCAAGCGGGGGUACAGCUGCGAUAGACGUCGGCUCGGAAGAACAGCACGGAUUAGACCGUGAAAAGUUCGUGUACGGAGACACGUUUAAGAUCUACUCCGUCGUGCAUCCCUCCCGAAGAACCGCAGGGACGAAGCACAAAGCAGCUGCCAAAGUAGAAGCAGAUCAUAACAAGACGAGUGAUCAAGACGUCAUCGAUUGCGACUUUCAGACGACGCCCAUUCUGCACCAGGGCUGGCUGCAGAAACGCGGCCGCUAUUUCUGGAAUGGAAUGAAACCUCGGUACGCCGUGCUGGCCGGCCACACAUUGGCCUACGCACCGAGCCCUGGCGAUUUGAUUCGGCGCCAAUUUUCCGGAAAGAUCGUACUCGAACCCGGGUCGGAAGUAAAGGCAACUACACCCUCAUCGUCGGCCACUUCCAGUAAGGAAAAGAGUGGAGCUGGUACAAACGGAAACCAGGCCGCCGACGAUAUGGAGAAGCCUAGCACUUCAACCGCCUCGUCGACCACGUUCAGCAUUACGGGGUGGGAUUAUUUCGAGUUUGAGCCCGACCUCGACCUGCAAGGGACAACAUCGGUGACAGGUGCUACAACAGACGCCGCGACAGGCGAAAAGUCUUCCUCGUCAAGUGCAGCGGAUAGUCGGUCGAAAAAGCGAAUCAAGCCGAAGUGGCGAACUUGGUUGUUUGAGGCAGAGAAUCCAGAUUCUUGCCGCAUUUGGAUGCAAUUGCUGUCUCGAGCCGCGUCAGGUCACUACAGCACGGCACUGGUGCCGGGAAAAGGUAAGUAUUGUUUUCGUCCCCUCAUUAUCAUUUUGACGUGCCGGCGCCGCGCGCCUUUCGAGGUUGAUGUAAGCGCUGCGUCACGCCUUAUUCUUCCACUCAGUUACUGACUCCUCGUCCAAUGGCCAUAAUGAAAAUGAAAUUGCAUUGCAGGCAUGACCGCUGUUACGGAGGCGCGGCUGCAGAGAGCAGAACUUACCGAUCGGGAGCGUCGUGCGCUGCUGCAGGGUUACGAUGGCGCAACUGGGGCAAACCAGGGGGCAAGCACGAGCUCCUGCACACGCAAAUCAAAGGAGGACAACAGGUGGGAUCGUUUGGAAGCUCUCCUCGACGGGCUACACUGCGGUGCGCAGAUCAUCGGCCAGGAAGCGAGGAAGCAGUCCCACCUGAUCAAAAACAUGAAUGCCAACUUAUCACAUUCCGAUCGCAGGCUGGCCGACCAACAGGCCCGCAUGAAGGACAUUAUGCGGAAAUGAUUAUGUGAAUGUGAAGCAAAGGCUGGAGGUCCUGGUGCUGUUGCAGUUGAUCUCACGCAAGUGCUUGACGGGCGAACCGAAGAGGCUGCAAUGGUCCAGGUUGGGUUUAUGCUCACACUAGCACGUCGCAACUUUGUACUGAGUAAUUGCAGUGUUUAAUUUGAAUGAGUCUUGGCGUUGCAGUGAUGCUACGACUGCUAGGUCUACUUCUCCGAAGACGUGAGAAUGAAAAACAAUACAAAAAAAGAAUGUGUGCGCGCGGAGAUGAAUUCUGAGCGGGAUGCUCCGCAAUUGCUUGGCAGGAAAAGAUUUUGCUGUUCACUUCUAGUAAAAA